AUGGAGCCAGGGCUGCAGCAAGCAGGCAACCGUGGGGCCCCUUCCCAUGACCCAGCCAUGCAGGUGCCGCCCGACUUGGUAGCCAGCCCCUGGAGAAGCACGAGGCCCUGGAGAAGCACAAGCCGCAGCUACUUCUACCUCAGCAUCACCGCACUUGUGUGCCUUGUUGUGGCAGUGGCGAUCAUUCUGGUCCUGGUAGUCCAGAAAAAGGACUCCACUCCAAAAACAACGGAGACAGUCCCCUUUAAAGGAGGAAAUUGCUCAGAGGACCUCUUAUGUACCCUGAAAAGGAUUCCAUCCAAGAAGUCACGGGCCUACCUCGAAGUGUCAAAGCAUCUCAACAGUACCAAACUGUCAUGGAACCAAGAUGGCACCAUCCACGGACUCGUAUACCAGGAUGGGAACCUGAUCGUCCAAUUCCCAGGCUGGUACUUCAUCAUUUGCCAACUGCAGUUCCUUGUGCAUUGCUCAAAUCAUUCUGUAGACCUGACACUGCAGCUCCUCAUCAAUUCUAAGGUCAAAAAGCAGACAGUGGUAACAGUGUGUGAGUCUGGAGUUCAAAGCAAGAAAAUCUACCAGAAUCUCUCUCAGUUCUUGCUACAUUACUUACAGGUCAACUCUACCAUAUCAGUCAAUGUGUAUAAUUUCCAGUAUGUGGAUACAAAAACUUUCCCUGUUGAUAAUGUGCUAUCUGUCUUCUUAUACAGUAGCUCGGACUGAAUAGUUGCUCUUAACUGUGUGAAAAUGUUGUCUACCAUACAGUACUUCAUCUGUCCAAACAUGGGCAAAAGAAAAUAUCAGGACAACUCAACCUAAGCAUGUGAGUUAGUAUACUUCUCCUUCUGUCCUUUGGAAAGAUACAAACCCAUGGUAUAGAAAGUGAAGUCUCUUUCAGAUGCACAGCCAAGAAGGAGUGUGGUGUGUGGACAGAUACCUACUUGGGCACUGGAAGGGGUUGAGUAGUCCCAGUUUAACCACUAACUCACUGACCUUGAGCUAUUUUUUCCUCCCC